AUGACAGCUGAUGCGAGUCAGAGUGAAAUCUCGAGCUCGACUCCGCAUGGAAGUCGGGGACUGGAAGUCACCUUGGUGGUCAAUGGCCUCAGUGGACACCUUUGUGAAGUCCAGGUGCAAAAAGAUUGGCCCUUGAGGCGGCUGAAAGAGGCCAUUGCCAAGGAGACGGGUAUCCAGCCAAAGUGCCAGCAGCUCUUGCACGGGAGGCAGGUACUUCUGCACGAUCAACAACUUUUGGUAUGCUUUGGCUUGUGCGGGCCUUGCGUUGAGCUGAACUUGGUGCAUCGAAGUCAUGCGCAGGCCAGUUCUCUGGGGCACUUGAGGCGCUCUGGUCGGCCCAAGCGUCUCCUGACCCAAGCCACUCGAGAUGGGAUCGCCCUUGACAAGGAACUGGUCCUGGCAGCCGUGCAGCGAGACCCCGAGUGUUUAGAGGUGGUGGAUGAGCUGUGGCGCGCUGAUCACGAUGUGCUCCUGGAGUGCGUGUCUCACGACGGUUUGAUGCUCCAACUGGCAUCUGAGAAGCUUCGGGACGAUCGAACGAUCGUCUCCAGAGCUGUGCAGCAAGACGCGGAUGCCUUGCAGUAUGCCAGUGAGGCCUUGCGCAAAGCGAGCUCCAUUGUGCUGCAAGCGGCAAGAGGAAAGCCUGGGAGUUUUGAGUUCGCAGCAGAGGAGCUCAAGGAUGACAAAGGACUGCUCCUGGAGAUCUUGGCGCUGGAGGGGCGAUUACUGAAAUUCGCCUCUGAGAGACUUCAAGCGGAUGAAGAGGUGGUUCUUCAGGCGGUGCGCCAUGCAGGGGAGGCCCUGCAGUGGGCAGCACCGGUGUUGCGGGGCUCCCAGCGUGUGGCGGUCGAUGCCUUGGCGCAGAACGUGGAGGCGUGGCACCAUGUAGCGCCACCCGCGUGUGAUGACCAAGAAGUGCUGAUGGAAGCCCUCAAGAUGGACGGCCAUUUGCUGCAGGAAAUGCCUGAGCCGGUGAAAUGCUCCAAGGAGCUGGUGAUGAUGGCCGUCCGCAGUAGAGGCGCCGCAUUGCAACAUGCUGCACCUGAACUUCGCAGAGAUAGAGAGGUGGUCUUAGAGGCGGUGCUCUCCAACUGCGACGCGCUGCAGUAUGCCAGUGCCGAGCUGCAGGUCAGCUUCGAUCGGGAGAUCAUGAUGGCCGCGGUGUCGCAAGAUGGGCACAUGCUGAUGUAUGCUGCCGAGCCGCUGCGGCACGGAGCUCAGGUCUAUGUCUUUGUGCACCUUUUCGAGUGGUCCUGGGAAGAUGUCGCCAAAGAAUGCGAGGACUGGCUGGGCCCCAAGGGCUUUGAUGCCGUGCAGGUCUCACCACCGGCCGAACACAUCCAGGGAACGCCUUGGUGGACUCGCUACCAGCCGGUGACCUACAACCUCACGAGCCGCUCCGGAGACGAGCAGGCAUUCGCGCAAAUGGUGCAACGCUGCCGCGGCGCGGGCGUGAAGAUCUAUGUGGAUGCGGUGUUGAACCACUGCGCAGCAUCCACCGGGACCUCCAUCACGGGAAGCAGCUAUGGUCCCCGGAAGACGCCCAUCUUUGAGCCGAAAGAUUUCCACCACACAGGAAAUGACUUGACCAGCAACUGUGGGGUGAGCGACUUUUCAGAUAUACACAACGUGCAAUAUUGUGAUCUCCAAGGCUUGCCAGACCUUUGUACAGACUGUGAGGUUGUGCAAGACAAGAUGGCGGCCUACUUGAGCCACCUGGUGGAACUGGGCGUGGCGGGUGUGCGCUUGGAUGCUGCGAAGCACAUCCCACGAGAUGACCUGGCGAAGAUCUUUGCCAAAGUGAAGCGUGGAGACUCGCUCUUCAAAUACGUCGAGGUCUCCAAGGCAAGCACCAGAGACGUCGUCUCAGAGGACCUCUAUUUGGAUGUGGCAGACGUCACCGAAUUCAACUACUACCUUCAGUUGGAUCCCAUGAUUGCAGACAGCGGCCAGAUGUUUGCCUUGGAAUCCUUUGGGCAAUCGGGCCUUCUGUCUGGGGGCAAGACCGUGGUCUUCAUUGACAACCAUGACACUCAAAGAUCUCAGGAUGUCAAUGCAGCAAAGCUCACGUACAAAUCCGGAAAAUUGUAUUUAUUGGCAACCGCCUUCAUGUUGGCUCAUCCUUACGGAUAUCCGCAAGUGAUGAGCUCUUUUCAUUUUACAGAGUACGAUCAAGGCCCACCCAGUGUGCCGGUGCAUAGCGAGAGCGACGUGCACUGCGGAGAAUUCCAGCCGUGGGUGUGUGAACACAGGUGGGUGGGCAUCGCCAACAUGGUGGCCUGGCGCAAGAUCAGCGCCGAACUGCCUAUCACCCACUUCACGGCCCUUGGGGAGGACACCAUCUCCUUUUGCCGAGGUGAAGUGGCCUGUGUGGCCUUCAAUCGGCAGGAGUCGGACGACUGGGACGUGGAAUUGACCUUCCCUUUAGCACCAGGAGAAUAUUGCGACGUGGCCAAGUCCGAUGCUAUUGGUUGCCCCUUGGUGAAGGUGGGCUCCGAUGGACGGACGGCCUUGAAGGUCCCGUCGCAGGGCUUCGUGGCGCUCCACGUGGGGGCGCGGAAGAAGGAGCCCGUCGCCGACAGCGACUCCACGCUCGGCGAGGUCCAGCUUUUGAGGAGAAGCUCUGGGAAGGGCUCCUUUACCAUCAGCGCUUUGGGCGUGGAUGCGUGA